AUGACCUCAGCCGUUUGGGGAAAGCGAAACGGAGCAAUUCCCUAUGAACGAUCUGCAUCAGCUGGGCUGCGCCGACUUGUACCAAGUAACGAGACGGCCGUAGAAACUUGGACAGGCCAAUCGCCAUUUCAUGGCUCCACUUUCGACGUCGGUGCGGCCGAUGAUUUGUUCGAUAUUAUUCGCGCCCCUAUGGUCUCAACACUACGGGCGAAGGACCUAGAUCCAAGCCCUGCAGGUCGGAUCUCGUGCUUGUUUGUCAUUGCAUGA